GUCAAGUCGUAAUUGCACCGACAAGCGCGCUUCACCGACCACGAAUCUACGAGUUCCUUGACCUGUCCCCACCUCAUUGGCCUUCAUCCUUCACGCACAGACACACGCCCCCUCGAGAGCCCGCUGUUGGCAGCGACUCGAACAUCGUCGACCUUCCUGGCGCUUCCACACCCGCCCUCGCCCCUUCCACUCUCGUCCUUUGCGGUGGAUCCAACCCUCGAAUAUGGCUUCGCGCCUCGUCGCCAGCCGGCCGCUUAGGCCUAACAGCAGCUCCACCGUCUUGCUGAGACGCCCUGUACAGUCGGCAGGCAUCGCGAACCGAUUGGCAUCCACAGCACCUGGCGCACCUGAUCCACAAUUGAAGAAGAAGCGAGUGCUACCAAGGCUUAUCUGGUACUCUACCUUGGGUCUCACGCUCUUCUACACCGGCUCCACCAUCGCUGCCAUCAACAAUGACCGCGCCCAAGAUUGGUACAUCGAGAAGGUCCCUUUAGCAUCCACUCUGUUGGACCUGCUGGAGAGCCAAGGAUAUGCGGACAGUGUCAAAUCAAGCACCAUUGAUGGUGUAGUUCGAACCGGCCAGAACAUCGCGGGAGCUUCAGCACGAGCCUACAGUGCUGCUAGGGACAAGAUUGAGGACUUGAGCGGCGCCGGCACUGCGGGAAGCGGCGAUGGGUCGGCUUUGCAAGGAGCAAAGCAAAAGGCCCAAGAGUCUGCCAGACAGGCAAGGGAACAGGCCGACGAGGCUCGAACAAAGGCGAAAGAGGCGGCGUACAAGAUUGAGAGAAAGGUAAAGUCAGCUUCUCAAGACGCUAAGGCUGGUGCUGAGAGCACGAAGGAGUCGGCGGGCGGACUGGUGGAUUCGCUCAAGUCCAAAGCUGAUGAGCUCGUAGGCAGAGGCAAGGAAUUGGCUGGUCAAGCAGAGAAAGAGACAGAAAAGGCAACAUCGAAGGUUCAAAAGGAGGGCCGAGGUCUGCUCAUCAAAGCCAAAGAGGCCAGCGACAAGCUGGUGGACGACAGUCAGCCUUUGCAAGGUCCUAUUCCUCUCUCUCACGAAGCUCCUGCGGGCUACAAGGCCCCUCGAACGGAUCGAAGCUUGCAGGCCCCGACACAUGAUGCCACCUCGAGCAGACUCAGAGAAGAUCCUGGAGCUCCCAAACUUCCCAAGCUGGCCCCUUCGUUGGCUAGUUUGUCUGGCUCGGAGCCCAUGGUUGGUCAAUUGGCUGCUACCAUUGACGAGCUGGCUGCGUUUUUGAAGGACACACCGGCUGCUGCCAGCACCACCGCCAAGGGUGUGCUCGAUGGCGCACAGAAGGAACUCAAGGGCUUGGCAGACAGGCUGGAGACCAUCAAGCGCACCGAAGCUGCUCGAGUUGAAAGGAGCUUGGCAGACGCGGCCGUCAGAUUUGACAAGGACUUGGCCAGGGCUAGGGAUGAAGCUACGCGCAAGGUCGGAGAGGUCGACUCUGCUUGGCAAAAGCGACAAGUAGACGAGCGCAAGAAGCAGAGAAGCGAGUUCGAAGCUCAACUGAGGAAAGAGCUGGAUACGCAGAGCGCAAUCAUCAACGAGCGACUGAAGGAGGAGGUAGUAGCGCAAGGCAUCGAGAUGCAGCGAAGGUGGUUGAGGGAUCUCAAGAAGAGGGUUGAGGAGGAGCGCGGCGGCAGAUUGGCGCGAUUGGAUGAGCUGGCUAGCGAUCUGAAGGCCAUCGAGAAGGUCACGCUCGACAACUCCUCUCAGCUGGAUCUUGGAAGCCAUGUUCACACUCUCUGGGCAGCUUUGAGAUCUGCCAGCGUCGCUGCACUUGCCGACGAGACGGCGCCGGAGCUGGAAGAAGGACAAGCACGCAAACGCUCGUUCAGGGAAGAGCUCGGCGUCUUGAGGAACAGUGCUCGAGCUACUGCCGACCCGCUGAUCCAAGCUGCGGUUGAUAUCCUCGAGACGAGCCCCUACGUUGAUGUCGGCUUGGAAAACUUUUCCUUUCUCUCCCGAUGGUUCUCCGAGAGAGUUGCACCCGCCUGUCAAAGAGCAGCAUUGGUACCUGACCACGCCGGCAUCGGUUCUCACCUCGCCAGUGCCGUCUUUGCACCUCUGCUCUUCACGCGCAAAGGAUACGUCGAAGGAGACGAUACGCCAAGCACGCUUGCCCGGGCUCAGUACUGGCUCGACAGGCGCGACCUGGACGCUGCGGCUAGGGAAGUGAACAGCCUCAAAGGAUGGCCAAAGAUUCUCGCUGGCGAUUGGCUUGACGCUGCUAGAGCUCGACUCGAAGCGCAACAAGCGUUGGAGAUUGUUGGAGCUCAAGCGAGCUUUGCCUCCCUUCAAGUCGCUUGAUUUCAUCUCUCAUUCCUCACUUGUCGAGGCGCGACACGCAAACCAAAAUAGAUGCUUUCUCAGCUCUCGACGGACGUUGAUGAAUUACUGGUUGCAGACGCCCGCGACUAUAUUUCCUGUAACACGAAAUUUACGAAUACAAGUGUAAGUCAAGGAGGAGGUGUACUCGCGCGAUUAGCGAGUCGCCCAUUGAUGGAGUUCUCAAAAACGAAGGAGCGACAGUG